AUGCCGGAAUUCAUGCUCUACGGAUGUACUGGCUACACCGGCCGCCUUGUGGCCGAGUACGCAACGUCACUUGGACUCGAAUUUACCCUAGCUGGCCGCUCGGAGAACGCAGUACGGGCGCUUGCCGCUCGUCUCAAUGCGCGGUAUCGUGUCUUCAACGUCGACGACGCCCUCGUCAUCGACGCAUUCCUAAGAGGCGUCCCGAAAUCAAGGGAAGCAAAGGUCAUGCUGAUGCCGGGAUGCGGCGGUAGCGUCGCCAUGCUUGGCUGUCUCGCCAACUACGCGCUAGAAAGCGUCGAGCGCCCGGCUUCCAUCGAUGUUGCUCUGCAUGUCGCAGGACCGAUGUCGCGUGGUUCGGUGGCCAGCGCAGCGGAAGGCGGCCUGGCGACUCAAUGUCUCGAGCGCGUUGGGGGGGCCGUAGCCCAGAAACAAGAUGCCUCCAACCCAGGCGCGACCACGAGCGACUUCGACUUCGGCGACGGCAAGGGCCAGGUUGCCUGUUUCCCGGUGACGCUGCCCGACCUCAGCGCGAUUUGGAAGACGACCGGGGUGGCCAACAUUCGGACGUUUGUCCACGCCUCGGGGAUGACUACCCUGCCAACUGGCGACUCGGAUCUUGCAAGCCUGCCCGAAGGCCCAACGGCGCGAGAGAGAGCCGCCAGUCCGUACCAUGCCUGUGUGGCGGUCACCAGCGAGGACAGCCCGGGGUCUGUCAAGCGCGCGGUUCUGCAUACUGUGAACGGCUACACAUUUACCUCGCAAGCAUUGGUUGAAGCUGUGAGGCGGGUCCUGGGAGGGGAAGUUCAGGGGGGAUUCCAGACGCCGGCGGCCUCCGCACUGGUUAACACCAAGCAGGGGCUACAAGGCCCACCCACCCACAACCCGAAACCCCGGGUGCCGGAGAUCUGGACCAUUGCCAUAGCUCAUUCAUUACCUCUUCAAAACCCCCGGGCUGAACCUAAAUCUCCGGAGUCCGAAGUCACCCUCGCAAACCCGUAUUCCGUGCCAUCAAUGGCAUCCUCGGAGCAGUCACUCACUUGUACGCGCUGUUCCAAGCGCUUCACCCAGAGGUCAUCCUUGGUAAGGCAUCGAAAGCGGUGCGUUGGGGGGCUGAGAGCGCCGCCCAGGCAAAAAGCAUGCCGCCAAUGCAAAAGCGCAAAGGUGCGGUGCGACUUGCAGCAUCCGACCUGUGGCCGGUGUCUGGCGAGGUCCUUUCAUGGGUGCGACUUUGCGCCGGGGAACGCUUCGGCCGUGCCGCCGCCGACACCCCUGCCGUUACCAUUCUCCCCCGAGGACGACGACGGGCAGGCCGACACCGCGACCGCGCCCUCCUUCACGGCACAGGAAGAAGACCGCCACUCAAAUCGCGCCGCUACUGACAACACCGACUCUCAUGAGACCCUUCUCUCACACAUACCAGAGGGAAUCCCGGCCGAUCUCGUAGUGUCCCAAGAGCGGCGCCAGACCCUGCUCGGCAAGGCACCCAAUACUCCGAACAACGAUCUUGUCGUGCGCCACACAAUGCACUUCGUUAUCCGUGUGCUGAAAUCAUGGCCACGCAUGAUGACUGCUCACCACACUGCUCAGCUCCCGCCUCCGAUCCACAGGCUCCAGCUGGUAGAUGGCGUUCCGGCCCCGCUGGCAAAUUGUUACGCUUUGGUCAAGAUGUGGGGCGAACAUACGGACGGGAGUCGUGAGCUGGUGAAGAACACCAUACUUUGCGAGAUAGAGCGGUUACUCGGCGAGUACACCACGUACAACGAAGACAAUCUCUUGGCGGCUGCACAGCCCCUUCUCAUCAUGCUCAUCAUGCUCUUGUUCGGCAUGACGGGCCCAUCCAGCAGCGGACUCGACCACCCAGCCGACGCCCAACUCCUUGUCCGCAUGUGGGACGUAAAAGAGCACCUGUCCCAGACGGGGCUCCUCCUCGACCAGGAAACCGCGCACACUAUUCCCCCCUCCUGGAGGCAGUGGGCCAUGGUGGCCGCCAAGCGCAAAACCAUCCACUCGUUCCACCAUGUCGAGUGGGCGUGGUCCCUCCUCCACGGGUACCCCGUGCUCACCUGUUUCGAGCUGGCCCCGCUGCCGGCGCCCCCGCCCCGCUACCUCUGGCAGGAGGCCGACGACGAGGCCAGGUGGCGCCGCCUGUACGUCGACUGGCUGGCCCAGUGGAAGGCCGGCUUCUACCGGAUGAUGGAGUUCUUUCACAUCAACUCCGGCGGGGCGUUGGAUUCGAGGAGCGAGCUGUGGCUUGCUGAUGCCGACGAGUUUGGCAUGAUGAUCAUGGCUGAAGGUAAGCUCCCUUUGCCUUUAUUGCCCCUGGCUCAACUAACCGUCUAUCUACCUACUUAG